AUGAAGCUUACUCUCAUUCUUCUAGGCAUUUUGCCUCCGACUCUCGCUGCUCCUCCUGGAAAGCGAGCUGCAGCUCCAACUGUUGCCAUCGCCUCCCCUUCAGCAACAAUUAUCGGUUCCUCUAGCACCACGGUUGAGACCUUCAACGGUAUCCCGUUUGCGCAACCACCGGUCGGGCCUCUCCGUCUGAAGCCUCCUCAAGCACUCGCCGCUCCACUCGGCACUGUCGUCGCGACAGGAAUCCCUAAGUCAUGCCCUCAAAUGUUCUUCAGUAAUGAUGUCACUUCAACAUUGCCUACCGCCGUUCUUGGCCUGCUGCUGGAAACCCCUCUCUUCCAAACCGUUACCAAUGCUGGAGAAGAUUGUCUAACAAUCAAUGUCCAGCGGCCGGUUGGAACAACGGCCUCCUCCAAGCUUCCAGUACUCUUCUGGAUCUUCGGUGGAGGAUUCGAGUUGGGGUCCACUCUCAUGUACGAUGGGACGUCGCUGAUCAAAGAAUCAGUAGCGAACGGGCAGCCUAUCGUCUUUGUUGCUGUAAACUAUCGAGUUGGAGGAUUCGGCUUCAUGCCCGGGAAAGAGAUCCUUGCGGACGGAUCAUCCAAUCUGGGCUUGCUCGAUCAGAGACUUGGUCUCCAGUGGGUCGCCGAUAAUAUUGCGGCUUUUGGUGGUGACCCUUCCAAAGUCACGAUUUGGGGCGAAUCAGCUGGUGCCAUUUCAGUUUUGGAUCAAAUGGCGUUGUACGACGGAAACAAUAAAUACAAAGGCAAAGCCCUUUUCCGUGGAGCUAUUAUGAACUCUGGCAGUCUUGUUCCAGCAGCUCCAGUUGAUUGCCCGAAGGGACAAGCUGUAUACGAUAAAGUCGUUCAAACAGCCGGUUGUUCUUCGGCAACUUCGUCUUUGGAUUGUCUACGAGGACUAGAUUAUACAAAGUUCUUGAACGCAGCAAAUUCUGUUCCGGGACUCUUGAGUUAUUCUUCAGUGGCUUUAUCGUAUCUUCCUCGUCCUGAUGGCAAGGUCCUGACCGCAUCUCCGGACGUUUUGAUCGCCUCUGGUAGAUAUGCACCCGUGCCUUUUAUCAUUGGAGACCAAGAGGACGAGGGGACUAUUUUUGCCCUCUUCCAAGGCAACAUCAGCACCACCGCGCAAAUCGUCACCUAUUUGUCCAAGUACUUCUUCCCAGAUGCUACCACAACUCAACUCAACGGGCUCCUAUCAACAUACCCGGACGAUUGGUCUGCUGGGUCGCCAUUUGGAACACUGUUCCUGAAUGCCAUAUAUCCGCAGUACAAACGAUUAGCGGCUAUUCUUGGUGAUUUAACGUUCACGCUCACACGCCGCACAUUUCUCGCCACCCAUGCAUCCGUUUAUCCAAACGUGCCCUCGUGGUCUUACCUCGCAUCGUACAACUAUGGAACUCCAGUUCUAGGAACAUUCCAUGGCAGUGACAUCCUGCAAGUCUUCUACGGCAUCUACCCGAACUAUGCAUCAAGCUCCAUCCGUUCAUAUUACUUCAGCUUCGUAUACAAUCUGGACCCGAAUGUGGGGUCGUCAUACCGAAAUUGGCCCCAGUGGAGCGCAGGCAAGCAGCUGAUUCAAAUUUAUGCUACAGGGGCACUUCUUAUUGCGGACAAUUUCAGAUCCUCGAGUUACGAUUGGAUUGUGGCGAAUGUGGGGAGUUUGAAGAUUUGA